AAGUUAUCAAACAAUAACCGGUAUAAACCCGAUACUUUACUAAUCUCCAAUCCGUCUCUUCACCGGCUCUCCCGGUUUCUCUAUCUCAUUCCAUCCUUCCUUCAUUAUUUUAACAUCUCCAUUUUUUUUUCUCUAAACUCUUUUUAGUUUUCCAUUUCUCUCGAUCACUUCUGAUUCUUUCGUCGAUUUCUCUAUGGCCAAUGAUAAAGAUGUAGAGGAGACAAACUCCCCUGGAACUGAAGAGGGAGAGGAAGUCGUUCCACGUGGAAACGAAUGGGAAGUUGUGUCACUAACAGCUUCCACUUACGCUGCAGCUCCUAGUCCAGGGGGAGUCGAAUCAAUCCAUGAGAAGGAUUCAACUGUAAGUGAAGAUUAUGAAUCGGAAACUUCUAGGGCUCUUUUUAUGUCUGGUCACUUUGUCUUUCCACCAAGUCAGCAUGAGAAUUUGCCCAUAGCAGCAGAAAGCUUUGAAACAUCUAAAGGAGUUAAAGAAGGUGAGCUUGCUAUUGAGAUGAAUGUGGACAAAGAGGGUAAAGUUGAGCAGAAGGAAGAGGAAAAUUGGAAAAUAGAUAGUUUAAAUGUACCGGAGGAGUUUCCUGGUAUUCCAUUACUUGAGCAGAAGGGUGAUCAGAUGUUGUCAAUUCAUGGUUCAGGGUUUGAUGAAGCUACGACUCUACACCGGCUAGAUGUUGGUGACAAAGAGCAAAACUUGUAUGGGACUGGUGCAUUUAGUUCAUUUCACAAUGCGACAGAUAUUAGUGGAUCUGAGAUUUACGGUGAAAGUAUUGUUUUGAGUGAUCAUCUUGAACCAUCUGAUGAUGUAAUGGAUUCAUCAUCUUUUAUAUCAAAGCCUCCUACUGGAAAGGAUGAUGAAACUGAUGAUGCUGAUCUCCCUUGUGGAGCUUGGUGGAAAAGAAGUGUAGUCUCUUUAUGCGGCCAAGUGAAAGAUACAAGUACUUUUUGGUCCAUUUUUGUUGCUGCAGCUGUAAUGGGUCUUGUGAUUCUUGGGCAACAGUGGCAACAAGAGAGGUGGCAGGUUUUGCAACAAAGGUGGCAACUUAGUGUUGGUGAUGAGAAAUCAGUGAGGAUUUUAUCACGCCUGAAAGAGAUGAUUGUUGGGGGCACUCGCCGAAGUACAUGUAUCACUGCUGCCUCAGCUGAUCGUUAAGAUGAAGACGAAAAUUGGGAGAGAAAUGUGAGACACAGCAGAGCCAUGGUUACUUGAUGUUGAAUUGUGAUGAUUCAGACAACAAUAUCACGAUGCUAAAAAACGUUUUCUCUGCUUUAUGUUAUUCAUGUAUUGUUAAUAUGUAAUGGGAUUAUGUUUACGGGUUUAUAAAUGGCUUUGUUUAGCCUUUCCUAGUGGAGGUGGGAGAGUGGUUGGAACUUGGAGCUUGGAACUUAGCUUAAUUGCAAACGUCUCGCUACUGCUUAGGUAAAAGCUGCUUAAUGCAAAGCUGUACAGUUAUUUUGUGUUUCCAUUUGUACAAUUUUCCUGGUGAAUUUGGCUUACCUAUUUUUGUUUA